AGUCGUCAGUCUGCCCCGAGCCGAGCGCGCGCGACCAUGGCAGCUACCGCGGCGGUGCUUCUGACGCUGUUGCUGGGGGCGGCGGCCGAGGAGAAGAACCCAUUCCUGGAGGCGGCGCGCACCCUGCUGCAGGAGCAGAUGCAAGGGGGAGGGUUCCUGCACGGGCUGAUGCAGGGCGGGGGCGGCGCGGGGGGCGGCAAGCCGGACAUCCUCUCCGGGCUGGGGUCCCUGCUCCAAGGCCAGCAGGAGGCCGGGGGAGCCCCCGGGGGCAUAGACCCCCAGCUGGUGGGCCACUUCGUGAGCCUGUUCGCCGGCGGGCAGGACGGCGGGGAGAACAACAACGUCGACGAAAACAACAACGACGCGGGCGGCGUGGACUGGGAGGGCAUCGUCGGCCUGGCGUCCAGCUUCCUGGGUCAGAAGCAGGGGGGAGGCGGGGGAGGCGGGGGAGGCGGCAUGGAGGGGCUCCUGAACCUCCUGCCUAUACUCCUGCAGUCGUCGUCGUCGUCGUCGUCGUCGUCCCAGAGGCAGCAGCCGGCCCGGCGCUCCGCCCCCGCGGGCUUGCCCUUCCUCGGCACGCUCCUGGAGUACUGGGACCACUUCCGCGGCUCCGAGCUGGGCCGCACCCUGUGGCGCUCCAGCGGGCUGGAGGCCACCGCCAGGCUCUUCACGGACGAGCGGGGCAACUUCCAGGCGGACAAGAUCUUCAGCUCGCUGGAGAACCACAGCUUCCGGCGGCGCUGGAUCAAGGGCCUGACCAGCUUCGUGGCCAGCUGGGCAGCCUACAUGGCGCAGCCGGAGACGCAGGCCAGGUACUUGGGGACGUUCCAAAUGAUGGCGAACAACUUCCUGAAGGCGCAGGGCUAUCACAAGGGGGCGCUGUUCGACCCCGCGCGGCCCGCCGACUCGCUCAGCCACCUGGCCAACGCCGUCUUCAAGCGGCAGUUUGGCCUCAAGGUCAACUCUGCGACCUACAUCAAGCCAGCGGUGGCCUACGUGCAGGACGUGUUCAGGCUGGGCCAGAGCAAGGGCGUGGGCCUGUCGCACCUGACGCCGCAGGAGAUGGAGAGCAGGAUGGCGGACGCGCUCAACGGCGAGGUGAUCGAGCCGGUACUGCGCGUGUGGCGUGCCUACCGUUUUAGCCUGCGCCAGCCGCGGUGCGACCGCUACGUCAUCUGCACCAUCAACAGCGCGGCAGGUGCCGGCGAGGGCAUCAAGCCCGGCGUCACCAAGCUGUCCAGCUUGGUGGCAUCGUGGUUCCUGUCCGGACAGACGGGCACGCCGUUCUGGAAGCUGUACAAUGCCGCUACGGAGGGGCACAACUGCCAGGUACAGUACCCUGUCGACUGCGAUGAAUUCCACGCCGAGGACAUCAGAGCGACCACCGAAUACGCCCACAGCGAACUGUGAUCUCGGGAUUACGAAUGGGGAAGGAGGGGAAGGGGGGAACACACGCGAGAUGGGCUGCAAGUCCAUCGCAAAUGCUUCACGUCGACAAAAACAAGCCUGCGCACGCGCGCUACUCGGUGACGGGCAUGUGGCAGCUUGCGGACAACUCGAGACGAACGAACAGCCGCACGUUAUGUCCGUAGUUUUGGGCGACAAGGGUUCCUGCGGUGAUGAAAAUCGGUAACUUAGGACCACGUGUUGGGUCCUAGUACUGACAUCACUUAAUAAUAAUAAUAAAAAAAAACUGUGAAAAUAUUACUUCUCUCAAUCUACUUGAUUUCUUUUGCACAGUUGUCGUAUUUCUUUAUUUCAUAAUGAAAGAAAAAGAAAAUUAAAUACAUCAUAACUUCACUGUCAAUAUGAAAUGAGGUAGUCAUUAAUUGGUGCAGAUAUGAAGAAAAAAAAAUUCUUGAAAGAAGCUGUCAAACCAUUUAAGGAACCCCAGAACCUAAAUUAUAAUAAACACACGUGUGAAUCAAGUGAGAUGAGGUACAUCAGAAAACAUAUUAAAAUGACUGUUAGCUUGUACUUAAAAAUUUUAUACGCAAGUGACGAAUAAAACUUAUACUGUUAAAUUUGUGUAUUGAUGUUUUUUUAUUAUACUAUUACAUAAAUGUGAAUGUUUUUAAGGUUGUGUGUUUGUUUCUGUCACAUCUUUGCUGCAGACCUGAAUGUGAUAAAAUUUGGUACUGAGGUGUAUAUCAUUACAUCAUUUUAUGUCUGCCAAGCAAAACAUGUACAGCCAAGAAUUAUGCUGUGGUUACUCCAUAAGCAAGCAAUAUGGUCUGAACACCAUCCCAAGAUACACACUAAUGAGUAGGCAAAACAUUGGUUUAUCCAUAUUUUUGCCAGUACAAGAAAUUAACGGUAUUUGUAAGGUUUGUGACUUUUUUGUAUAAGUUGUUUACAGGCAUAUUUUCGAGUGAUCUACAAGAAUAAAAUGAAAUAAUGAGUUUUGAAGCGGUUUGUAGUAUGCAGAUCAAGUU